AUGGAAUCAGUGUUAGAAGAACAGAAUAUUGAAAUAUUUGGUUCUAUAACAGUAAACAUGUUCUAUGAUUCUUUGGGGGUUGGAGAUGUGCCCAAAGUUGGCAUGUGUUUUGGAACCAUUGAAGAUGCAAAUCAAUUUUAUCAGAAUUAUGCCAUGUGCAUUGGUUUUGUUAUUAAGAUAAGGUUUACCCGAAGAGUUGGUAAAGAUAAGGUUCCUAAGAAUCAAAUGAUCACUUGCAAUAGGGAGGGGAAACGCAAGUCUAGAGUUUCACCAAUAGAAAAGACCAACCCUAGAACCAACUACAAUUGCCUCGCAAGGAUUUCUAUUAGGUUGAAUAAGGAGGGUCUUUGGAUUAUAUCGAAGGUGUGCUUGGAUCAUUCACAUCCUUGUGAUCCAGAGAUGGCAAAAUUGUUGACACGUAAUAGAGAUAUGACUAUGCACAUGUGUCGAGUCAUUGAGAGGAAUGAUGAAGCAGGUGUGAGACUAAGCAAAACAUAUAAAGUAUUGGUGGGUGAAGCAGGGGGUUUUUCUAAGAUAAACUUAAUAGAAAAAGAUGUUAGGAACUAUCUCAGCAGAAAGGUACGCAAUGUUACGGAAGAAAUGGAUGCUAGGGAGAUGUUGAAGUAUUUUACACGGAUGAAGGAUAUGAACUCUGAUUUUUAUUUUGAUGUUGAACUUGAUCAAAACAAGCGUCUCAAAACUAUAUUUUGGGCUGAUGCUCGAAGUAAAGCAGCAUAA